AUGGGUACCGACCACGAUUUGCAUGAGACUCCUUCGGUGUCUAACGGUUGCAAUGAGUUGAAGUGGGAUUCCGAAGACGGCGACCCUGAAUUGGUCUCAGCAGCUACAGGCCUUACCAAUAUCAAGCAGCAGCCCGAAAUCGACAAUGGGUACCAGGCACCACAAGACAAUGGCAUACAGUUUGGGCAAGUGCACAGCCCAGUAACCAAUGAGAUGGAGAUGGCUUCCGGGUCAGGGACUGAGCUCCUGCAGAAUAAUUCUAGAAGUGAUCAGGCCCAACUCGACUAUGAUCAAGUUAUAGGCUCUGCUUUCUGUCACCAAGCAGAGACGGCAUUGAAGACCCUCGAUGGAAAUGUCGCCGAUAUGGCGGCACAGGACUAUUAUAUCGAUAAUCAGCCUCCCUCGCCAACCAAUGCUGUCAAGCAGUGCCCGAAAGCUGCCGGUCAGGCACCGAUCCAUUCAUCAAAGGUUCGCAAAGCUCCAGGACGAGCCCGAGCCCGACGACUGCAGUUCUGUAGCCAACCGACACCUGCUCACAGCAACCCGCAACAACCAUCUGAGGAAGAUCUUCUGUACAUACUAAUGUCACGUGCAAGAGAGACAGCUACGGCUAUGGAUAGGCUAGCAUGCCUUGAAGAGCAAAACAGGCACCUUGUACGCGAAAAGGAACUCACAGCUCGAGCCCUCAAGGAAGCAAUAACUACCCAGAAUAGGAGCGUACAACAGCAGGAGAUUCUCACGCAAGCGCUAGACGAUUUCAAAGCGAAAUAUUAUAAACUGAAGAAGUGGGCACUUGAAGCUAACAAAGACUGUGAGGUGUUGCAGACACAGGCCCUAGGUUUCAAAGCAUCGCUCACCGACUUGAUAAAGGACAGAGAUGAAGUGCGUGCGCAGUUGGAAGAUGCUUGCUCAGCUUCCGGAGAUGCCGCAAGAAGAAUGAGAAGUAUACGAUCUGAGGUUGGCGACCUCAGUACUGUGGCUCAAUCAACCAUUUCAGCCGUUGACAGGAUGGACGGACUGCUGCUGGCGCAAGCAGAACACCUUCGCAGUGAGAAGCAAAAGUGCCGCAAGCUCGAGACACACAUAGUGCUGAUGCAGCACGAGAGACACAAACAUGAUUCGAGACUGCAUUGCCAGAACCAAGCGCUCAAUGAAACCCUGCGAGGCAUGACCAACCAACUAGAGGCUCUUGAAACGAGGAAUGUGGACGAAAGCGUGGAGCAAGGCCAACUCAUGGAGUGCCGGAAGAUGUUACAAACACUACUUGACAGUGGCUUAUCCACCAACGCCGACCUAGGUUCGCUCAGACAGAUGUUAGGAUCCAUGAACGAGCUUCUCAGUAGACACGCAACACACGCAAACUCCACCUCGGAGACCUUCCAAGCAGCCAUUGAGGCUCUCAAGGAACAGCUACAGAAUGAAACAUCGGCACAAACCGCUACGUUACUCUCGGAGGUGCAAUCAGGCAACAAGGAACUCAUCCAAGCGAGAGAAGAAAUAGCUCAUUUGCAUCAAAGGUCGGACCAGGCCGAUGGAAUUGUGGAACUUUUGCGCAAUGGCAAGAGUAUUGCAGAAAGCCGUGAAAAGCACCUGCAGUCCACAACCGAAAAACUCAUUGCUGCCCUGGGUGAUCACAAGGAGGCUACUCGAAAGCAGUCUAUUGAUUUUGAGAAUCAGAACAGGUCACUUCUUACAAAAUGGCAAUCGGCCUGUUCUCAGUUGGCAGAAUGCAAACAACAAAAGGAGGGGAAACAGGAAGAGAUCAAAGGCCUAAAGGUGAAGUUACUUGAGAGCGAAACGAAUCAGCAGGCCCUUCAGCAAGAGCUCGAGAAGUCCCAAGAACAGAUCCAUCAUGUCCAGAGAUCCGCAGAGCAAAGGAGCAAGGAGCAGUUGGACCAGAUGGAGCUUGAGCUUCGCCAAAUACAGGUCAAGUUGAACCAUGAGCAGGAGAAACACAAAGAAAAAGAAGAAGUAAUCAGUCGAUUGAAGAUGUCCCAGUCCGAAGUCCAGCGGCAUCUUGAAAAGUCUGAGGCUGAGAGAAUGGCCAUAGCCACCGAAGGCCAUGGGCUUCAAACUAGAAUAGGCGAAUUGGAAGCAAAUCUGGCCCUAGUCCAGCAGAGAAAGGAGAGUUUAGAGCAAACAAACAAGAGUCUGCAAGAGAAAUCUGCCGAACUCUCUGAGCUGAAACAACGCCUCAAGGAUUUCGAGAAUCUGAAGGAGCACCAUAAAACUCAACAACUGGAAAUCAACGAAAAGAACCUGGAGAUUCAAUCGCUUUCAGAGCAAAUGCAGCAGUUGCAACAUCGAUCGGCAGUUCUUGAAGAGCAGAUACAACAGCAGCACAUGGUGCUGGAGGAGAAGAACAUAUUGGAAAAUGAACUAGUGGCAACUCAACACGAGCUCCGUGAAAUGGCUGAUGUGAAGAACGAACUUCACCAACGAAACGCUGCCGUUGCUAAAUUAGAAUCCGUUCUCGCCGUUGCUCAGCAAGCAGCGGCAAAAGCACCUGAAUUAGAAGGGCAAACCGCUUCACUCAAAGAGCAACUCGUCUCGCUCAAGUCAGACCUUGAGGACAUUCGGAAAGAGAAUGAGGAGAUCGGGGUGCUCAGGAAAAGCGUCCAGGAUAGAGAGGACGAGAUUGUGCAAUUGAAAGAGCGGCUUGGAGCUUUCAAUGCGCGAUCCAUUGAGACGACAGGCAUCAAAGAAGCGUUACAGCGCAAAGAAGAGGAUAUUUCAACCCUCCAAAACCAGAUCCUGACCCUUGAAGGUGCGGUGUCCAAUGCUAAACUUGAUCAACAGACGGGCCCGGUUCAUCAUCCAAGAAGGGCGGCAGAUCGAUCCGGCGCUGGCGCUGGAAAUUCCGACAACAAUCUGCUCCAGGCAGUUCACGCAGGACAUGUUGCACAUGUUGCUGUGACGCAUCAAUUGCCUGGAAGUUGCACUGUUGUACCGGACACUCAACUAGACCCUCCUCAAGAAGACGAUGGUGGCCGGACCGAGAUUACAAUCCAACAACCUGGAAACAAAGAAGAUUCUGCUUCGGAAUUGAGCGAGUACACUGACAAUGGCUCCGACCCUGAACAUUCCAUGGGCAAUCUUGUUCGAAAGAAACCGAAGACUGGACUUUCUCAUAAGCAACUGCAGAAUCAUCCACAACAGAAGGACAUCGACCCUCCAAGCCAUCUUCAAGUCACGGAACGCACUCCCUCCAGCUCGUAUGGUUCAGUGAACGACCAAAUGCUAUUGGACCAGGUCGCCCAAGACGACUCGCAACUUGACAAUCUCUCGGGUGUUGUGUCCGGACCUGAUGACGACCUUGACUAUACUCCCGCCAGCGGUGACCACAACGAGGCAUUGUCCUAUGAUCGAAGUGCGUCCACGUUGGGGCGAAAUCCGAGAGGGUUGAGAAGUGGCCCUCGAACACGCACGCGUGAUUCGACACCGUUCCCAGAACCAACGGUUGAACCUCGUGUCCCAAGAGAAUCUACCCCUGCCGUCAUGCGUGAACGGUACCAGCCAAAUUCUGCUGCCAAAAGACGGGUAGAGCGUGAUGAGGUGAACGACGAGAACGACGGGCAACCUCGACGACUCAAACGCAGGCCUGCCAACCUGGACAUUAGGCCUCCGCGUGCUUCAACUCAAAAACCUCAAACAGGAGACCAAGCUGCGUCGAGAGUGACUCAAACCUUUCGGAAGAGCAGCAGUGUGGUAGGGACGAAUGCUCCAGCUCCGGGAAAGAGUCAACGAGCAUCCAGACCAGCUAGAAGAGGCUCUCGGCAGGACAAAUAUACCACUCGAUUUGCGACAUAA